AUGGGUAUCGCGGAAGUGCCGACGAGGGCUCUGCCUCCUAAACGAGGUCACACGCACGAUGCAGAGGAAGUUGUACAUCGAGAAACACAAACACGAAAACAAGAUUUAAAUAUACAACAUUCGAAUUCAACAAGUGAACGAGAUAAGAAAGAUUUUCUUAUUAUUAGUCGUGAUAGAGGAAAAAAACGUUCAUCGUUUCAAACACAAUUACAGACAACAAACAAUGAAAAUAAUCAUAACAAAUAUAAAUAUACAAUAAUAAGUGAUAUAUAUUCAUCUGUUACUAUUAAAUCUGUAUUUCCAUUAACGUGCUUAUAUAUUAAGCAAAAGCUUUAUAAUGAAGAUGGAUGGUAUUAUGAAUUUGGUGUCAGUGGUUUUGUAUUAAUUGAUUUGGCCAAUAAUAAAAAACUGUUUACACCGAGUAAAAUCCCAACAGAAACUUCAUUAAUCAAAGCUGUACGAUUGAAUAAAGGUUUGUAA